AGAGGAAGGACUUCCAACGCGGGAAAGCCCUCGAGUGGAGAAGCUUAAAACCAUCUCCACAUCACUCCCAGCGCCGGCCUCCACACGACCUCCUGCGAAACCGCAACGCAAGGGGAAGAGCCGCACUCUGGACAACAGUGACCUGAACCUGCUCUCUGAGGACCUGAAGAAGGGAAAGGAGGCCCACAGUGGAGCAGGGCCACGUUCUUCUACGCACGCUCCAGGAAAAGACAGAAAAAUGCUCAAGUUCAUCAGCGGCAUCUUUACCAAGAGCAGCCAGUGUCCUGUAACGGCUCCGGUGGUUCCUGCCACUCCGAUUCCUCUGCACAGCCCCCUGAGGAGACGCUCGAGUGAGGAAGAAGGUCAGUAUGCAGUAACACUGAGUCAGGAGUGGAUAUUGAGUCGAGCCCUUCAGGAUCUGCAUCUGGCAGUGCUGGGCAGUCUGCGCAGCGGCAAAUCGGCACUCGUCCAUCGCUACAUGACCGGCCAUUACCUCGCUCUCGAGACUCCUGAAGUGUGUAGGUUUGAGAAGGAAGUGCUGAUUGAUGGACAGAAUCAUACUUUACUGAUCAGAGAUGAGCCGGGACUCCCUGACUCUCAGUUGUGUAAUUGGCUGGAUGGAGUGAUUCUGGUGUUCAGUUUGGAGAACGAGAGCAGCUUCCUGGAGGUUUAUAACAUUUACAGAGAGCUGUGUGUGAAUCGGAAUGUUGCUGAAAUCCCCUUCAUCGUGGUCGGCACUCAGGAUAAGAUAACGAGUGCCAAUCCCCGUGUGAUUGAUGACGCUCGGGCAAGACAGCUGUGUUCAGACGUCCACCGCUGUGUUUAUUAUGAAACCUGCGCCACCUAUGGCCUGAACGUCAACCGCGUCUUUACUGAUGCUGCACAGAAGAUUGUUUCGAUGAAAAGACAGCUGGCUCUCUACACGUCCUGUAAGUCUUUACCCAAUUCUCCCAGUCACUCGGGUGGAUCCACACCAUUGUGUGCAGCAUUUACACCACAGGCCAGUAAUGGAGGUCAGAGCAGUGAUUAUUCCUCCUCUCUUCCCUCCACUCCGGUCAUCACCCAUAAACACAUCAGCAUGGCAUCCGGAGGAGAGAAACUCAGCCGAACGUCUCAUUUCACACUGCGCAGAGGAAGUGACUCAGACCGGAGGAGUGCAGACAGUAGUGCUGAUUUUGGAAUUGGUCGCACAAUCCCAAUUAAACAGAGUGUGUUGCUGAAGCGCAGUGGAAGUUCUCUUAAACAGGAGUGGAAGAAAAAAUAUGUGACGUUAUCUGCUAACGGCACGCUGAGUUACCACGCCAAUGUCAGUGACUACAUGCAGAAUGUUAACGGUAAAGAAAUUGAUCUGCUGCGUGUGACGGUUAAAGUUCCAGGGAAACGCCCCCCACGGGCUGUACCAUCCUCUGCACCCCCUCCUGGGCUGAAUGGAACAUUCCAGAGUGAGCUAACAGCAGAUGACACCUGUUCGGCCUCCAUGUUGGCGAGCGCUCAUUUAUCAGUAGAUGAUGGAGCAGGAGUGUAUGGUCAGAGAACACCGUUUACUCUUUCCUCCGUGCACAAUAUCGAUAUUGAGGGUGUGCUGAACCCGACAUUAAUGAAAGACCCGAGCACGUCUCCUACAGCAGACAGGAAGAAGCAGCGGAGGAAGAAGAACGUGACUCAGAGAUCAGAGAGCACUCUGGGACACGCUGAAGCCAAACGCAAAAUGUGGAAAUUAAAAAGCUUUGGCAGCCUGAAAAACAUCAACAGGACAGAUGAUGAGAACUGUGAGUUCCUGAUCGUGUCCAGUUCGGGGCAGAUGUGGCAUUUUGAGGCUCAGAGUGCAGAAGAAAGAGACUCUUGGGUUCAGAACAUUGAGAGUCAGAUCCUCGCCAGUUUACAGAGCUGUGAGAGCAGCAGGCACAAGGCGAGGAGGAACAGUCUGAGCGAAGCCGUGGCGAUUCAGGCCGUACGAAACGCUAAAGGAAACGGGUUCUGUGUGGAUUGUGACGCGCCCAAUCCCACGUGGGCCAGUCUGAACCUCGGGGCUCUGAUCUGUAUCGAGUGUUCAGGGAUCCACAGGAACCUGGGCACUCACCUGUCCCGCGUCCGCUCUCUGGACCUGGACGACUGGCCGUACGAGCUCACGCUGGUCCUCAUUGCCAUCGGAAACCACAUGACCAACAGCAUCUGGGAAAAACGCACGAGAGGACGACAGAAACCACGACCCGACGCCACGCGGGAGGAGAGGGAGGCAUGGAUUCGGGGGAAAUAUGAGCAGAAGUUGUUUUUAGCUCCUCUCUCCUCUCUGACUGACGGAUCGGACGCUCCUCUCUCGGCCCGCCUCCACGCCGCUGUGAUUGACAGGGACCUUCCCAGACUCCUCCUCCUUUUAGCUCACAGCACGAAGGAGGAGAUCAAUGCUCCGCCCCCCUAUAUGAUUCGCUACGGUAACGGAGGAGUGCACCAGUCGCAGUCAGCGCUGCAUGCGGCGUGUCAGCUUGGAGACGUGGUCAUGACGCAGCUGCUGAUCUGGUAUGGCAGUGAUGUAAGGAGUGUGGAUUCUGUAGGACAGACGGCUCUCACUCUGGCCCGGCGAGCAUGUAGUCAGGUGUGUGUGGAAAUCCUGCUUCAGUACGGUUGUCCCAGUGAGAUCAGUCCCACCAUGUCCUCCGCCUCCAUCACGUCUCCGUCAGGAGCAGCCAGUCCCAGCCUCUCACGCAACAGCAGCUCCACCAGCCUGAGCCGCGGCAGCAACAAGAGACACCUGUCCUGAAGGUCUGACAUGUUGAAAUAAUCCUUAAUGUAAACGAUUUUCCUGUGAAAUAAACCGAGGCUUCAGAUUUAAUCGUGAAUCCAGUGUGAACUCCUGAUGUGUUGAAGAGGAUUACGAAUCGUCUGAGAGAAUAAAAUAAAUGGGAUUAAUUACUGCUUAAAUACUGUGAUAUGAACAUUCACUCUGCAGAGACGUCCUGAGAUCAGGAACCGCUUUAGAGAAAAAUAAUUUGAACAAAAAUCUGAAAUAAAUAAGUAAAUAAAACACAUGUAUAUAUAGAGUAAGAGUCGAGAAUAUUUGUACUUGAGAGACUACACGAUGAACUGUAUAGGAAAUUUAAAAGAAAAACUAGAAUAAAAUUAUUAAUAGUUGAUUCUUAUUGUAUGGAAUAAAUGAGUUUGUUUCCUCCUGCAGUAGAUGUGAGGAGAGCGAGUCACAUCCCCCUGACCUCACACACACUGAUUAGCCUGCGUUAGCAUGCUGUAAAAUAAGCUAGUGUGUUAGCAUAACAUAAAUAAUUAGCUAAUAGUGCUAUAGAAUAAGAAAGUAUUAAAUAUAUUAAGUUGGCAUUAGCUAAAAUUCAACAGCUAAAUAUCUUAAAUUUUAACGUAUUAAAUAAAAUACACAAGUUAUAAAAGUCAGGGGGUGUGGCUGAGUCAGGGAGUGUGGCUCAUCCAUCAGAGGCACUUUAGGAAUAAAAAAAAAGAAUAUUAAUAAUAAUUUAAACCAAGUAAAGAUCUAGUGUUUUCACGCAACUCAUCAUUUUCCUCUACCUUCACUUGAGAUGAGAAACUGAACAAGUUGAGGAAGAGGAAGUGGACGAGGGGAAGUUAUAAACAGAAUUGGAACACAGCCCUGAGAUAUGCUUCAGUUAUGUUUUUAAUGAAUUUGAAGGUUCACUAUAACUGACUUUCCAUAUUUGUAAUCAAAUCUGUAGUCAAUUUUGAAAACAUUCAGUAGUAAAGGAUAAGAAUAAGCGCUUGGGACCUGAACUUCCUGUCAUCAGCGGUUUUUACGGCUCGUCAAUCUGAUUUAAUGCCUUGCAUUUCAUUUGAAUGUAUUUCAGAUUCUUAUGUUCUCGAUGCAGUGUUUCUAACUGAGCUGGUGUCGUGUGUGUGUGUGUGUGUGUGUGUGUGUGUGUAUGUGUGUGUGUGUGUGUGUGUGUGUGUGUGUGUGUGUUGUUACCGAUUGUGCCAUUAAAAUCAUAAGAUAGCACAUUCCUCCCGUCUCAUGAAUGCGUUGUAGUGCAGUGUAGUUAGAGAGCAGAGGAACGCAGCGUGAUGAUGGACGAAUGUGAGCGUUCUGCUCAACCCGCCAGCUCCUGAUGAUGUAGUGUUGAACCUUUACAGUUAGUAUUCUGCAGGUUUUUCUUUUUUCCUAGUAAAUCAGACGUACUCUAGGUACUAGAGAAAACUACAACUAAGUAAACAUACAAUGUGUUUCAGUAACUUCAUCUCUCCACUUUAGUGCUUCUGCUCUUCUCUGUGACUUUCUUAUCUUUUGCAGUUUUGACUGAAUGCAUUUACUCAUGUGCAAUGUUAAAGAUGUUUUUUCUACUUUUAACUGCACUCAAAAAAAUACAUAAGACGCCAAAAUAAUAAAUGUUUUCUACAGAGAA